UAUUAUGAACCACUUCUAGCUCCGUCAAAAAUUCGUGUUGUUUUCGUUGAUUGAUGUCUUUGGUCUUACGUCUUACACGAACAAGCUGUUGAUAAUUUCGCUGUACGAUUCAAGGGGCAAGCCAAAUGUUUCAAGGUGCUAACAAAUUACUCCCUGAAGGAAUGUGUAUUGGUAUGUCCCAAUUAAGCAUUGUUACCUCAGAUGGUGUUGUGUCAUACAUGACUGCAGCAUCUGCUGACAGUGCCCUUCCUGAAGCAAAUGAAGUGGCAUCAGCUCUUCCUCAAACUUCUCAUGGCUGUGGAGAAGUAAAUUUCAAGGAAUCUCGUAUUGUUACAUCUGAAGCCACAAUUUCUCAAGAUGAUCCUAGCAAUCUAGAACUUCACUCAGCCAAAAUAAAACGAGGCCGUAUAACAAGAAGGCAUGCAACAAGUGCGGACCGAAGAAGAAUAUUGAAGAUGUAUAUACGUGAUAAAGCUCUUCAAUGAAGUAUUUACUAGAUAAUGCAAGUGUUGCCAUUGGCCUACAUAUAUGCUGUAUUCUUCCUACAAACUUGAAUACUUCUUUCAAAAUGAUACAGUAGUCACAUUUACUAAUUAAUGGUUCUGUAUUGUCAGCACCUUGAUCUUGCUCUUAGAGUGUUUGCCCUACAGCCCCGUCAAGACUGAGUCAAAACUUACCGAAUAUAAGAGCAAUGUAGAAUCACAAAAAUACAUCUGUGUCUGUCUUCAUUUUCCACUACUUGAAAUUAUGGUAUCUGGCAUGCUGGAGAAAUGCCGGCAGAGACCAAACGAUGUCAUAUUUAUGAGAGUUAUCAGUGACCAGUGAUGAUGGGUAAUUAUCCAGCUGGAAGAACAAAUGUCAAUAAUAUUAUAGAGAAAUAUAUGGAUCAGUUGCAA